GGAAAAAAUAAAACAACAUUAUUUAUUAAUGACUAAGAAAGUUGAAUAAACAUUUGACAAGAACAUCUAGUCAGGCCACAGGUAUGGUGAGGUCUGGUAUGUUAACAUUUACAACUGCACAUGUGCAUCCUCAUAUAUUGAUCAUGAUAAAGCACGCCACUGGUAUUAUACAGUGAGAAUACAUCAGUUACACUGAGAAGGGGUUGUUUUUGGGAGUGUGGCUGGAAAAUAUUCCAGAUUUUCAUGGCACUGUUGACGGCUUUGGAGUACCUAUCCAUCAUCAGUCACUUGAGCACCAGUCUGUAGUUUUUAUAUAUGUACGAUACUUUUUACACCAAACUCUUCGUGCAUUAAUUUAAAGGAGAAUAGAACAUUGCAUUUAAGCCAUUUGCCAUUGAGACAUUUGCGCAGCCUGUCAGAAGAAGGUGGAAGGUUUAAUAAAGAUUAAAUUCCACAUGGACACCUAAUAUCUGCCUCCUGAUGUCUUCAAGGGUACUUAAGAAACUGUACACAAACAUGGUGUUUAAUAUGUUGUGUUUAAGUGUUAUGUGUUAUUUUAGAUCAGCAGCAGAAUUCGCCUGUUGGUAUGUUUUCUACUUCUCAGCAUUCCUUUUUUUAUUCAUUAUAGCAUCAUGAUUCUAACCAUUCAGUAUGUGUGACCCGUGGAAAAUAUGUUGUUUUGUAAAGCCAGUAGAUGUUUGAUUAAGCUUUAUUGGUGUAUAUUUACACUUGCGUAGAUAUUUGUAUUAUAUGUAUAUAUAUGUCAUGUUUUCCAAUGGGAACGUGUAACGGGUCACAACAUUCAUAGCCAGGAUCAUGGUGCUAUUUGCUCUGUCUGUCUUAUGUACCAGAAUUUUCACUUUUAUUUCUGCCAAUUUAUAAUAAAAAUAAUCGUCACAAGUUCUGUUGUAAGAGUUACUUAAAGCAACACUCAUUGAACAAAGUUUGCUUUGAAAAUACUUGAAUACUUGUUUUACCAAAUAGUAAAAUUGUAUUUAUUAUCAAGCAUAUUCUGUGUAAUUGUUAACAAUAUGGUUCAGUAAGUCACAAUUUCCUCGUCUCACCUGUCACAAUGUUAUCACUUUCCUACCUACCCUGUCACAUCUACCACACUCAGCUGCCACUCCAAGCUGGGGGCCUGGUUCACAGAAUGUGAUAAGUUUUAUAGCCUAUCUUAAGCCAAAGACUUAUCACAUUUUGGGCUUAGCUUAGCUUAGACUGCUAUUUUUGGGUAGCCUACUAUAGAAAGUCAGUUUUGUGUGUGAUAGUAGACUAAAGCUUUUUUACCAGUGAUUAGUGGAUACGGCAAAAAUGUAGUUUACAUAGGUUGUUGUCAUCAAGGAGGGUAAAAAUUCGAUAUUCAGUUACAUUUUGUUCAAGGGACUUCUGUAAAUGAAAAUAAAAAGGUUAUCAGCCUUUUAGAUUCUUUGUUCAUAUGCGAAAGUCUGAAAUUCUUGGCAGUCUUUGCUGAUUUUCAAGUUAAGUCACAAUUUGUGAAUUAGGCCCCUGCAUUUCUGACACUUUUAUCAUGCCUACCACAGUUCUCACUAUCAACGCUCCUCACACAGGUCAACUAUCAUCCUACAUGGCAAAAACCAUUAAGCUACAGCUUGACAUUUAUUUAUGAUCAUGACAUCAAUGAUAAUUAUAUGUAUGCAGUGAGAUAUUCAUCAAAACAAUGGAUGUUGCGCAUAGGGAAAAGAAUUUUUUUCCUUAUUCUAGCAUGAUUGUACGUGGUCCAGAUUAUCAAAUAUAAAGUUUUGCUUAAUAGACCGUCAUACAUGUUACCCUGAAAUGGCAUUAAGAAAGCUUUAAGUAGAUGUACAGAAUGGUUUAAUAUAUCUUUUAUAUCUAUAUACUAUUUAAAUGCAAGGUAAGAAAAAAAGAUCCUGUUUGCAUAGAAUGAGGUGCUUGUUGUGUAUCUGCAAUAUGCAUAUCGCAUAUUCAUACUUUAUAAUUCAGAAAAGAUACCUUGCUUCCGUGUGGCUAUAUUGAAAAGUGAACUGCUAGUAUGUAAUAUUCCUGAACCUGUGUAUAAUAUGUUAAUAAGAUAAUAUUAAAUAAAUCGACCUUGACCUUUGCAUGUUACCCAGGAGAUGGCCUUGACCCUUUAUGUAUAUGCCAAGCUAUGAGCCUGGUUAUAAAUUUCAGAUAUGUUCAAAUUUUGUCAGUUUUGGUCUCUCAUCCUGUAGAACAACUUUUUUCAGCUUCCUCAGAGUUUCAAGAAAAGUGACGGGACCAUUAAGUCUUUCAAGAUUAAGAAAGCUUCGCCUUCAAAGGAGAGGGAGUUUGCCAGCCAAAAAAUUAAUACCACACUCAAGAUGUACGAGCAGGCGAUGCAAGAUUACGAGAGAUUAAAGGAUCAAUAUAGCAAAAAUCCCACAGAAAAACUCCUGUCACAGAUAGCCGACUAUGAGCGGAUGGUGCGGCAACUGGAGAACCAGCUCAAGAACCUGGGGGUAUCUCCACAAGACUCUAGGAAUGCAGGAACACAGAGUCAGGGUUCUCCUCCAUCUACGAUCCACCCAGACCGAGGCGACAGAGCCGAGAUGAUCAAGUCCGACUCCAAGUACGACAGCGAAGAUUCUUUAGAAAAUUUUGCCGAUGACAGCUCUUAUGACUCUCAUUCCUACCCCAGCAGUAAGGGGAAAAAUGUAGCACCUUGGUUGGGCCCUGGUGGUCCGAGACACUUUAAAUCUGGCUCCAUGCCAGACUCAUUUUACCAAUCAGAGGAAAGGUAUACACGAGAUAUCAAUAUAGAACGUUCAAAGUCGGAUGCAGAUGCCAGAGCACGGCAGCUUACUUCAUCAGAUACUUACCCUCUUAUGGGCAAAGGAAGAAUGGACUCGGCGGCGGACCUGCGACGUAGGGUGAUGAGAAAGUCCAUCUCCCUGCCCCUAAGUACAGAUGAGGGAGGGGGUGGGCUGUCAGACAGGGACUCCAUAGAGAGCCCCUCUACCUCCCCUACCCCCUCUCACCCACGGAACCGGGCCUGGGGAGAGUCCAUGGACCAGUCGGAUACCAAUGAUGGGGAUACCACUUCCACUGGAGAGGACAUGAAGGUGAUGACGCCGAGCUCGUCCCCACCGCCAGAACGGGGCUUGCCCAUUAAUGCAGCAUUUCGUCCGCAGCAGACUAACAUCAUGUGUGCUGAGGAUGAUGACUUCACAUCAGAUGAUGACCAUCUUGAAGAGCGCAAUGCCUUUCACAUACUGAGUACAUUGGAAACCAGGCCACACCUGUAUCAGCCAAGAGAGCAGCAGGGUCCAUUCAGCGACCUGAAUGUGUUGAAGAACAAACCGGCCCACUUAGCUGUGUUCCUACAUUAUCUGAUAUCAAACAGUGACCCGUCCCCUUUGUUCUUCUACCUUGUUACUGAUAGCUAUCAGCAGCAGACAGGGAAUGCCAAAGAAAUGAAGAAGUGGGCAUAUGAGAUCCAUUCAACAUUCUUAGUACCAAACGCUCCUUUAAAACUCAAUAUUGAGGAAAACGUCAUCCUAGCAGCAGACAAAGUUCUAGAACGAGGAACGGAGGAGCAGCUACGGAAUAUUUUCAACAAACCUAGAGAUGUAGCCCAGAAUGACAUACGAGAAUUGCUAGCUGAUUUCAGGAGAACAGGAGACCUGGGUUUGAGCAGUAUCUAUGGUGCUCAUGAACUGAAAGAUGAAUACAUGGACAGAAACAAUGAACUGAAGAUUGCUGAAAAAUACCUGGCACCACAUCUGGAGAGAUUGGUAGAUGACCGUCAGGACAGGGCCCAGGCCAUGGCCUCCGCGCUGACCACCUUCCUGCGGUCAGUUGGGAUCACCAAGGUCGGCCAGACGUCCAACGUCCUGGAGAGGUGUCCAAGCUUUGUGGCGAAAGACAAGAGGUUCACAAGUUUUAUGGGUCUCAAGAAAAAUGUGAAGAAGGUCUUCUCUGUCCGUGGUCACAGCUUUAUGCCACAGCAUUAUAGUCAAACCACCUUCUGUGUGUACUGCCAUAACAUCAUCUGGGGGAUAGGAUACCAAGGAUACCAGUGUAAAGACUGCAAGUGCGACAUUCACAAACAGUGUCUGGACGUGUUGGAGGAGCCGUGUGUAGGGAAGCGAAAACGGCCGUCUACGGCAGUCUACAUGCGAGAGCAAAUCUCUAGUCUGCUUGGACCAGGCUCUGGGGCAGAGAAGAAGACGCCAUCCUCACGGUUCUACCUCAACCAUCUGAGCAAUCCCUCACACGUGCCACAUAGCAACCAUACAGAAGUUGUUCCCCCCAAAACACCAGGUCCCGAGGACGAGACGGUGAGCCCCAGUGCUGCAUCCUCCAGGACGGCGUUCUACAUACAGGCUGGGAAGAAAGAGGAGGAGCCAGAUUUAGCUGCUGCACAAGACAACAAGUAUGUCAAGCGUGUUAUACAAAAGUUUGAGAGUCCGCCAGAACCGGAGGCCAACUCCUCAGCUACCACGGCAGCAUUUACCAAGGCUGAUGGUGAGCCAGAGAAAACUACGGAGGUGAAGAGGUCGGAAAGUCUGAGGGGCAGGCCCUUCAGUAGUGCAAUUAAGAGGAGGCAGACCAAGAGUGAUGUGGACAAGGAUGAAGAUGCCCUGAAGACUGCCCUGGCUGGUACAGUGGAUAGCUCUUCUAGCUCAAGUCUGUCCCAGAGAAGUGAUGACUUGACCGUGGAACCUACAAGUGGGGAACAUGACAGCGACUUUGACGUGGAGACGUCCAUGCCUCCACUGGAGAAGUUGGUGCCCAGGGAGAUGUAUAAGAAGCUGAAACCAAAGGAGAGGAAGAGACAGGAAGUUAUGAAUGAGCUGUUCUACACGGAGCGUGCUCACGUGAGGAAUCUGAAGGUAAUGGAGAGGGUAUUCAGAGUGCCUAUGAUUAAUGCAGGAUUUGCAGACCUCGCCAAUCUACUCUUUGUGAACCUGCCUAGAGUCAUAGAGCUGCACUGUGAAUUAAACAAUAAGAUGCGGGCCAUUGCUAAGGAACACCCCCUGGUGAAAGCUGUAGGGGACAUAUUGUUGUCCAGGUUUGAGGGAGAAGCUGGGAAGGAGUUCCAAGAGGAAGUCGCCACAUUCUGCCAAAAACAGUCCUAUGCUUUAGAUACAUUUAAAAACCGCAGGCGGAAGGACCAGAAACUAGCUAGUUUUUUAAUAGAGGCAGAGGCUCACCCUCAAUGCCGUAGGUUAGAAUUACAGUCGCUUAUUCCACAGCAAAUGCAGAGACUGACCAAAUAUCCUCUUCUCAUUGAAAAUUUAAUGAAGCAUACUUCUGUAAAUGAUGAAGAUCAGGAAAAGCUACAAAAAGCUUUAAAAUUAAGUAAAGAUAUUCUUACACAUGUUAAUAAGACAAUGGCUGAUUUUGAGAACCAUCAAAAGCUUCUCGAUUUGGCCAAACGUAUUGACAGGAAGGCAAUGGAUAACUAUGCUGUUCUACAAGAAUAUAAAAAUAUUGACUUAACAAACUAUACACUAAUCUAUGAUGGCUCACUCACGUGGAGAGUGAAUAGGACAAAGUCAAUAGACUUACAUGCAGUUUUAUUAAAUGACAUUCUUAUGCUACUGCAAAAACAAGAUGAAAAGUUAGUCCUCAAAUGUCACAGUAUGGUAGUGGGCAAAGAGGACACCAAAUUCACUCACAGUCCCAUCAUCAAGCUGACCAACCUGCUCACUAGGAAUGUAGCUACAGAUAAGAAAGCGUUUUUCCUGGUGAGCACGUCUGCUGUAGGUCCACAGAUCUACGAACUGGCUGCCAUGACAGCAGAAGAAAAGAAAAAAUGGUUUAAGCACAUCACAGAAGCUGCAGAGGCACAUAAGAGUCGGGAGAAAGAGAAUCCCCUUCAGAGGCGCCGCCAUGCCCGCGUGGCAACCAAUGACUCGGGGAGGAUACAGGAGGAGAAAGAAGAAAAACCAGGUGAUGAGAGCAGUCUGAACCGAGCCAAGAGCCAGAGUGUGGAGAGCCUGGACAACCUGGACAGAAAUGAGGUAGUCCAGGUCACGGACCAGCCACAGCUUGUCCAGCCAGCUGAGGUAGUGGUCACGGAGAAAGUGAUGCAGAGGGCAGACUCUGUCAUGUUGACGCCGCACGAGUCGUUAAAGAAAAAAGACCAACAGAUCAGGCAAGCACUGCAAGACAAGCAACGGAUCACUGCGGAAAUUCUACAGAUUGAGCCUGCUGAGUUUGAAAAUGUGGCAGAGCUGGCAUGUGCUCUAGAGGGAGAGAAGGAAGCCAAGGAACUCAUCCUGGGCUCUAUCCUCCAGACCAAUAGACUGACUGCACUGGUCAGCGAUGCUCUCAGGGUCGACAAGGACACGCCGCCCGAGCAAGCCACUGUGCGUGUGGAGAACAAACAACUGUACCUAUCUCUUCCUGCUGACAAGCUCAAUGCAAUUACUAGAAGUUUAUCAGAGGCUCUCACACAGUUAUUGACUGUCAUGUCAAAAUCUGACAAAGAAAAGGAGGACCUGCGUCUGAAAGUGAAAGAAAUGGACGACCUCCGUGACCAGAUAAAAGCAAUCAACGAGAUGAUGGUGAUGAUGAAUCUGGGAGGAGGGUCCUCAGGGAGCCGGCCGCAAAGUUUUAUCUCUGAGGCAUCCACGGCAUCUGAGGUGGAGGAACAGCCGACUGUGGUGACCUCUAGUGAGGACUCAGUAGGCCUGGCGAGCUCACCCACCAAGAUGUCCAUUGCCAGUCAUCCCGACACACAACCAGGGAAAGACGACAGUGACGACGACGAUAACAACAGCAGUGACAGUGACAAUGAGCACAAGGAGGAUGACAAAGACGAUGCAACAGUUGUCGCUGAUAGCGAACACAGUGAGACGGUCACUGAGAGCGUGAACACCCCCGGUGGUAAGGGGGCCGAGGACAGCGAUAACGAGGACUUUCACGACAGCGAGGAGCAGGCCAAGGGGUCAGACUCCAGUGAGGAGGAGGAGUUAGUGGACGCCCCGUCCAUACCAGACAAUAGUGACCAGACAGUUAAGGAUAGCUAGGAUGAUGUGAUACAGGGGUUUCAGCAUUCUUCUCCAAAGUGCCCAGCAGCAGUGAUGAUAAAACUGGAACACAGCGAUGUGUUUUGUUUAUGGGAAAAGGUACCCAACUUCAGAAGUGCACUGCAGGGGUUUUGUUUUAUUGGGAGAAAUUAAUUAUAGCUUCAACAACAGCAGAAGUUUGUAUCGCUUGUUCAGGGAAGAUUUUUAAAAACUUUUCAACUUGCUACAGGAGUUUCUUUCAUUGUACAUGGAAAAGAAAACAGGUGACAUAAUACACAGGAAUAUGAUACAGGAUGAUUUUAAAUUUGGAUUAAAAUGUUCUUGAUCCAAUAGAGGUGCACUAAAUUGCUCAUGUUAGCACUUAGUAGGGUGUAAAACUCGUUGUACAGGAGCUAAAAACCUGACCAUCCACUCAACAAACUUCAGAUAAAAAUAAAGGAGGCCUUUCAAAUAAUGAGAUAUUGGUUGGACAGGAGAUGUUUCAAAUUAAUUUUGGACUCACAUGGAGGUCUUAUCAAGUAUGUCAUGUUGGUUAUUUGGUAAUACCUUAGUGGCUUACCACUCAUACUGUGGAUCAGGCACUUGAUCAGCUCUUUGUUUGCCUGAUGUUGCUGAGGUCCUUACAUUCAUUAUCUGUCUACUGCCACAACAAAUACAUGCUGUGUGGUUUAAGGUGGCAGCAAGAACCCGUCUCACUUUGAGCUCCUUGUGCCUCUAUAGCUUACACAAGGAAAGUACUUUCUGACUGACUUGGAGCAUAAUGUCACAUGUAGAAUCUUCACAUAAUAUCUCGUCUCUUUCAACUCGGCCUUGUUCCUUACUCUGUAAGACUUAACCCAAUGCCUUUUCUAGCCUCUGAAAUAUGUGAGAUGAAAAACUUAAUUUGAACUAAAUUACUAAAUUUCACAUUGCACUGACUAUGGCAAAAAGAAAACCAUGCCUUACACAAGCAUCUAUUUAACGCAUUACUGGUAAAGGAAGGGUUGCUGCACACUGCACAGUACGAGAAAAGAUAAGAUGCCAAUUACAUUUUUGAUAAGAAAGUGAUGUCAAAAUAUAAUACUUUAACGAGUGUUGUUUGUAAUAAAGUCAUUGGCAAGGUAAAUUAGACUUACUGUAGGAAGGCACUACAUUAUAAUUGCAUAAUUGUGUUCGUUAUUGCCACACGACAGUCCCAAUAUUUUCUUUGGACUUUUGUAGUCGGCCAUUCAAAUAGAGACCCUUAUAGUUGGACUGGUCUGCUCCCUGAACUUAAAAUAGAUAACCAUUGGUUUUUCCCCCAUCUACCACACCAGUUGGUAAGUAAUCGACUAAGGGUGCAGUUGGCUUAUCUUCUAUUUUUGUGUAUCUAUCCACCCAGGGUGGAACACAUGCUGGAGAGACUCGACUUAAAAAACGCCUUCCGCAAGGGAACGUUUUCUUUGUUAACAGUCCAAGUUAUGUUUUCUACUGUAUGAUAAUUAAAGAGAGCUUGACAAAUUGAAAUUGUGUGCAAUACUAAAAAAAAUGUCAUUAAUUAUGUCAUUCAAGAUAAGUGUUCUACAUUGUUUAUAGAUAACCAGCUUGCUAGGUGUUAGGAAGGUAUUGUUCACCUGUCACUGUGACUUUGGUGUGUUUGUACCUGACUCCAAGCCAAGUGAAAAUCAAUCAUAAGAAAGAUUCACAUUGACGUUUCAUGAUGCAAUCUUGCAGCUCCUGUAACAUUGUACAUAUUGUGUAUAGAACUUCCUACUGGCAUAGGCAUUUUAGAGAGAAGAGAUUGCUAUUAAUAUUUACUGUUUAUUAUUACUAUUAUGAUAAGUAAAUAAAAGUACAGGUACAGGCCAAGACCUUUAUUAUUUAUAUGUAUAAUAUUUCACCAUGCAAGAAAGCAGGUGUGGCAUAACAUAAAAUUUCUAUUUCACAAGUGGGAGAUGAUCCAAUAUUAAAGUUAUAAAUAAAAAACAAGAUGGGAAAUUUCAGUGUAUUGCUCGUUAGGCUCCUUGUUUGUGUACAAUAUGAAACGAGAAUAAAUUCAAAAUACAAAGAAA